ACUUGACUCAUUCCCUCUCUCUUUUCCUGUCCAUCAUACAAAAACCCGAAACCACAGAGUUCGUCGUCAGAUCGAGAAAAGCUUCGAUUUUAUCCAUUUCAUCAAAUUACCAUGUCGCAGCAUCCAGAAGUCCCCGGCGAUCCGACGGCCACGACGACGUCCUUGCUCGAGAAGGCGACCGCCUCCAUCCAGCGAUUCGGCCCCAUCAGCCACAUCCACCAGCACCUCUGCGCGUUUCACUUCUACAGCCACGACAUGACGAGGCAGGUGGAGGCCCACCACUUCUGCGGCCACCUCAACGAGGAAGUGAGGCAGUGCUUGAUCUACAACAGCCCCGAACCGGAUGCUCGGCUGAUCGGAAUCGAGUACAUCGUGACCGAGACGCUGUUCGACACGCUGCCGGACGAGGAGAAGCCGAUGUGGCACUCCCACGACUAUGAGGUGAAAGGAGGGUACCUGUUCAUGCCCGGGAUUCCGGGCCCCGUGGAGCGUCAGGACAUGGAGAAGGUGGCCAAGACAUACGGCAAGACCAUCCACUUCUGGCAGGUGGAUCGUGGCGAUAACCUCCCGCUCGGGAUCCCCCAGAUCAUGUUCGCGCUCACUCGCGAAGGCCAGCUGUACGAUGAACUCGCCCUGGAUGUGGAGAAGAGGUACAAGGUAUCCUUUGCGGCGGAGAAGGAGAAGAGGAAGGACAUUGAAGGGCUGGCGAUGGGGAGGCAUCCGCUUGCGAACGGGGCAGGGAAGGGGCUUCAGACUGUGCUGAAGGAGGUUGAUGUCAAGCCUCCUUCCGGGACUACACCCAGAGUCUUCGUUUAACGUUUUAGCCCGUAGUUCAACCCCCGAAAGCUUAUAGUUUUCCUCUUGCUGGGAAAGUUGUUCCGUCUUUUCGAACUUUGCUGGAGUUUAAUAGAUACUGGAGAAUGUAGGAUAUGAGGGCAAUAAGCAUGUAUAAUGUACCUAGUUGCAGAGCUAAAUGCUUUUGUUAUGGUUACUGAUUGAAGUGUU